GCAAACGUUUUUCUCUAGUGCCACUGGCCGGUUUAUAGCCAACUGUAUUUCCUUCCGCGUCAGGAUUGUUGUGAUCCAUCGUUUGUUAGGAGAAGAACCAAAAGUGGAAGAACAACGAGAAUACCAACGUUGACAUAAGAAAAUGCUUUUCAAACUCCUGUGCUUAUUACUGUUGUGUUGCAUUAGCAGUUGUAGUGAGCGUGAACGGGAACGACAGACCUGCGGCGAAGAUAAGUUUUACUGCCCGAGAAAGGACAACAAUUAUGACUGUUUGGACCGGGGAGAUCGGUGCACCAAUAAGAAAGUCUGCGUCGAUUUCGAAAGUGAUCAAGAAAACAAAUGUUAUGAAGCCUCUGCUGGUAGAUACUACUACUACAAAAAACAGUCUUCGUUAACAAGCAGUGGUUCCAGCAAAAGUAAACGAUUGGUGGAAGGUUGGAAUUUUAAUCAUUGGUUCCUGGAGUACCGUGGUUUUGCGUACGAGUUCGGCACCUACGGUGCUCAGGAACUUGAUGUGAAUGAUCCUAACUAUAAAUAUGGCCCUGGAAGAGAAAAAGUCGUACAAGAAGGUCGGCUCGGAGCCAGUAGUUGUACCAGAGAUGAUGUCUUAAGGUAUUGUGAUGCCUUUCUCAAGGCUAAUUCAGAUUAUGAAUUCUGGUCCAAUAACUGCCAGCACUUCUUCGUGUUCUUGGAAAAACUACUGAGAAACGACUGUUCGCCCAGAACAAAAAGAAGCUUGGAUGAUGAGAUGAAAAGUUUAAAGUCAAACUGUACUGUUUCGAACCAAAACUCUUCCAGUUCUAUGUUGGCUUUGAACUGGAAACCCUUCGCUUCGUUUGCAACACUGACCGCUUUAUCCACUAUCUUCUGCAUGUAACUAAAGAGCGGCUGUCAGCAAAAAUCAGAAAUAAGGUGACAACGGUCAAAAAAUCGAUUUUGUUCAUACUUUGAAGUUAGAUACCCUAUCAUAUAAUAUGAACCCCUGUGCACUUAGUUUUGCACAAUUGUUUUUUGUUUGGAAGAAAUUUGAAUGUUUAUGCAAACAGGCAAAUUUGCUAAUUUGACGACUCUGAAAUUGACAUGAAUCACCGAUCUCGUGUACAAAAUACAUUCUAACCUAAUGAACUUUGAAUAUGGUAUCUCUAUAUGCCUCAAAAACGAUUUUCAGACAUGUAGCUGUAACGAAGAAUUGUUGGAAGAAUUAUUAGCAAGACACAGUUUAGUUCUUGAGUUUAAAACUACCCUCAAAACAAGUGAGAAUUUUACCAUGGCCGAUACAACGGAAAAGCGAGAUUUUCGCUGUAUGUGAUGUUAAGAUGAUAUUGUUCAAGAUUGUGAAAAAAACCUUAGGUAAAUGUGUUUUUAMGCUUCUACAAUCGACCAAAUAUGCCUAAAUACGUUGUUUCUGAAAGGAUAGUUUUUGCAUAAAUUAGCAAGUAAAUGACUGCCAAAAUCAAAACAAUAUCUUUCAAUUCUUUUGUAAGCCGUUGGAGACAUCAAUACUUAGCAAAUUUUUAGAGUUUUUUCAGAAGAUAGUGCAGCAUUUACUCCCUAUCACUUCACAAAUCAUGAAUUCUCGUAAGUUUUUUCACUUUUUCAUCUUUUUAAGGUGUAAAAUUUACCCUUUUAUCAUCGUUUCAUUAGGAAUACCGACGCGCAGCUCACACUAGUUUUUAGCUCUUAUUAAUGUUAUGACUACGCCAAUGGACUUGCCUUUUGGGGUUCGAAGUCGAACAAUAGUUAUUAAAAAAACAAAAUGAAAAAAUAAAAAUAAAAAUUUAUCAGUCUGAUGUCAAUCAAA